UGCUGACGACGGCAGCGGAGGCGGUGGCGGCAGCAAGCGGCGGCGGUCGCGCACCAACUUCAACAGCUGGCAGCUGGAGGAGCUGGAGAGGGCCUUCCUCGCCUCCCACUACCCGGACGUCUUCAUGCGCGAGGCGCUCGCCAUGCGCCUCGACCUCAAGGAGUCGCGCGUCGCCGUGUGGUUCCAGAACCGGCGCGCCAAGUGGCGCAAGAAGGAGCACACGAAGAAGGGCCCGGGCCGGCCUGCGCACAACGCGCACCCGCAGACGUGCAGCGGGGAGCCCAUCCCGGAGGAGGAGCUGCGGCGCAAGGAGCGCGAGCGGCGCGAGAAGAAGCUGCUCAAGUCGCUGGAGCGCCAGCAGCGCAAGCUGGCCGCCAAGGGCGUCGCCGUCGACCUGGACACGCUGCGCCGCCAGUGGGAGGCCAAGCACCGCGCCCACGCGCCCGCCCACCAGCAGCCCCCGCCACCGCCGCCGCCGCCCCCGCAGCAGCAGCAGCAGCAUCCACCGUCGCCGCCCGAGGCAGCCGACCCUCCGGAAGACCGGAGCCUGUCCCAGCCCAACGACGACGAGGAGGAUAUCAACAUCGUCUCGGACGACGAGGCCAGCUCCAACUGCGGCCGAGUAUCGCCUACGCCGCCCCCGCCGCCGCCGCCACCACCCCCGCCACCCCCGCCCACGGACGUCGGCCAGCAGGUCUCCGCGCCGCCCCCGCGCCGGUCCAACCCCUUCAGUAUCGAGAGUCUGCUGUCGCACGACGUGGACCACAGGAGACAGACUGUGUCGUCCUCGAUGACGCUCAAGUGA